GGUUUUUGGGAACCGGGGCUGUGACGCCUCUCAGCCCGAUGACAUCACCAGUCAGUCACACACAGUCGGACAGCCGCGCGCUCAGAACUAGUUGUUGAGAGUAGAGAGAGCGCAGCAGCACUUCAGCAUAUCCAGAGCACCAGCUGGAGGAAAUAUUCACCUGAGCGCUGCCAGGACGAAUUCACAAGGAUUUCCAUUAAUUUCAGCAGACUCCGUCUUAAAGGCACAGUGAGGGACACGAACAAGUAUCUCUGUCGGACCCCUCGUCUGUCCUGUAGCCGAACAAGUUUUCUUUUUGCCUUGAAUGAGUGAGAUUUUAAACAAAAACUGAUCCGCAUCUGAAGGUCCUGUGUCGAUUUUACAUAUAUAUCGGAGAGACAGCGCGCGUGGUUUCAUAAAGAGGACCCGUAAUCGACCAUGGCGAGACCUGACGCCCGAAACUGGCAUGACUGCUCAAAAAUGAUCGGACUGCUCUGCUUGGUCGCGUCGAUACUUAUUCAACACGGAGUGUCAGGUCAGCGGGUAAAGGUGGAGCCAGAGGUGUCGUCGUAUCCCGGCCAGACAGUCAACCUGCGCUGUGCUUUCACUGAUGCCACUGGGAUUCAACUCACAAUGGUCACGUGGAUCUACGAGCAGAAGGAAGGAGUAAGGAUCAACAUCGCUGUGUUUCACCCCAACUUCGAACCCAACUACCCUGACUCACCCGUGAAGGGCAGAGUCAGCUUCACAACCAGUCCCCCAAACCUGGCCAGUCCCUCUAUCCAGAUAAGCAAUGUUAGGAUGACCGAUGAGGGGAAGUACAUCUGCGAGUAUGCUACCUACCCCAGUGGCAACGAGCAAGGCAUCACAUACCUGGUCAUGCUGGCUAAGCCUCAGAACUCAGCCUCCAUCGUAACAGUGGAAGCAGGCACUCAGCCAGUUGUCGUGGCACGCUGCGAGUCUGUGGAUGGCCGCCCCGCUGCCCAGAUCUCCUGGGUGACCACAGCCAAUGGUAAUGCGACAACAGUGUCUAAGCCGGGUGCUGACAACACUGUGACAGUGAGCAGCGAGUACCGCAUGGUUCCAACAGCAGCAGACAACGGGAAAGACAUCAGCUGCGUGGUGGCGCACAGGACCCAGGGCAAACCUGAGAGCUUCCCGUUGAAGCUAGCCAUUCAGUAUGCCCCUCAAGUAUCAAUAGUGGGUUACGACAAUAAUUGGUACGUGGGUCGCACAAAUGUGGUGCUCACCUGCCAGGCUACCGGAAACCCUGUCCCGAUCUCCACCCUGUGGAAGACUAUGUCAGGAGAGUUGCCAGACACGGUGCUGAUCACAGGCAACGAGCUGAAGGUACUGAAGGUGGACGAUGCCGUCAAUACCACUUUUGUCUGUGAGGUCAAGAACCGCAUUGGGACUGGCAGGGACCAGGUCACAGCCAUAGUCAGAGAGCCCUCAGUGAACCCAUCCAAUGCCGGCGUGGUGGCGGGAGCUGUGAUUGGCUCCCUGCUGGCCCUCCUUUUGGUCGCCGCUCUCAUCGCCGUGCUUGUCACCCGUAGCCGUAGGCAACAGCAGGGUUAUCGUGCCAAUGGCGGCAGUGACAUGAAGACGCGCAUAUUUGGCGGCGGCAAGAAGGCUAGCAAGAAUGGCACAGGUGGUGGUGCAGGCAGCAGUGGUGUCGGAGGCGGUAACAACAACGGCCCCAUCUACGUUUACAAUGAGAGCACAUCCCACCAGGGCCUUGGAGAGAAAAACAACCACCACCAGCCGCUCACUAUUGGGGGCCGGCCUGAAAUUGUUGCCACUACGCCCACCGCCCAAGAUAUCCUGCUAAGCACUGAAUUAGAUGAUGUUGAAAGGAGGAAGUUUGAUGAGCUGGAGGAGGAGGAGAGGUAUGACCACUUCACUGGAGGGGCCCCCAUCCUUCAACUUCGCCCACCGCAUGACCAGGACGAUAUUAUUGGAGAUUACCUGGAUGAUGACAUGGAGUCCCAGCGGGAUGGCUCUGUCAUCUCACGGACUGCUGUCUACGUAUAGAGGAGGAAGAGAGGAAAGGAGGAGGAGUAAAAGGAGGGAUGGAUGAUUCCUCCCUAGGAUUUUGUGGCUCCAGGGUCUCAUCCCUGUCUGAUAGAGAAGAGAAAAAAUAUCACUUUUAUUUUUGAAAAUUGAUUUUAAAUAUAGCCAAUUAUUAAUCACAGUGCAGCCCCAGAAUGGACUGAAUGAACAGGAGGAGGGUGUGGUGGGAUAUUCUGAAAGGAGUGUUGCUGUUAUCUGGUCCCUAAGAACUGAAAAUCAAACAGAAAGAAACAACCUGGCUGCCACCGCUUCUGCUCAUGCUAUUGCUAUCACUGGGACCUUGACAAGGACUCUUGACAGACAGACUAAAAGAGAGAAACUAUGUAGUGUGGGAGUAGGAUAAUGGAAUCAUAAUACAAGCUUGGCUAUAGAGAAGGCAACUCACUUGCAUAUUCACUCUUAUCUUCACCAAAACAGUAGAAGUGGAAGAGGUUGUCAAGCAGUUAUGUGUUGCCUGCUAUUGUCAGUCCUCCUGUGGGAAACCUUUUGUUUUUGUAACGCAUUGUGCUGUGACAGCUUGUGGGUAGUUAGUAGCUAGUGAUUGGUUGGGAGGAAAACAUUUGAAGGUAUAGACAGUAACCAUCAGGUGAUUUAGAAAAGAGAGCAAUGUAUUUGCUCUUGUCUACUGGCGAGUUUAUAUUUCCGCUCUGCCUUCCUCUCAAACUAAAAAAAAAAAAAAAAAAAACAUCUCUGCAAACUAUCAGUGACGGUAGACACUCUUGAAUUUACAAAAUUUUAAAAGAAAAUUAGGUCCAUAUGUGCUGCGCAAAUACAAGAGCAGCUGAAUUUAACAAAGUAAAUUUGCAGAGAGUUUGAACUAAGUUCUUAACAAGGUAUUCCAAUGCAAACUUUUGUACUGUGCCUGGAGGUAAGAGACAGUAAACAAGAGAUGAGGGAAUAAGGGGUAGCCGAUCUGACAGGGUCAAGGGAUGGGGGGGGCGGAUGCAGGAGGCAGGAGGACUAUAGAGGAGCACGUCUCUUCUUUGCUCUUCCUCCUCAUCCCCGUCUCUUCAGAGUGCUCCUGACAGGAGGAGCUUGAUUGGUAAUGAGCCGUGAAGUCGCUCGCUUAGCCAGGACCAACAGAUUGCCACCACUUACCGCUUAUGACGUGGCGAUUCCUCCCUCUCCCACCUCUAUCUUUCUAUCAUUCCUUUGUCUCUCUCUCUCUCUCUCUCUCUCUCUGUCUCUCUCUCUCUCUCGCUCUCUGUCUCUCUCUCUUCAUCCCUUGCUCCCAGUGUUUAUGGGUGGUGUAUGAUUUAUCCGGGCCAGUGUCGAGGUCAGGGCCACAGAGAGCAGGGGAGUAUUUUACUGCUCCUGAUGUGUCAAAUGCCCCACUUACUCUAUUGCAGCCCCAGACUGCCCUGACAUGCCAGGGCUUGACUAAUCCACCUGCAGUGACCAUGUUCACUCCACUGCAUGGGCGCUACCUCUGAUACUUAGUAAAUGGCCGGAUGUAACAGAACCCCACCUCCUAAAGAAUGACCGUGUUAGGUGUUUAGAUUUUUAAUGAGAUCACCUAAUAUUUCUUUCCAUUAGCGGAUGUUGUUAAAUGUAGUGAAUUGAUCGGGAGACAUAAAAGGUUGUGUCCACAGCGAAGCUAUGGGAGUCAUAUUGACUAACAGGCAACAAGCAGUGAAAUGGCCCUUUAUGAUGCAGCUUCAGGGCUGAUUGUCUCCUGACUGUUAAUUUAUCCUUCUAACGAGCCACCAGAGGCCCGCUCAGGCAAUUAUUACUCGUGGCUACUGUACACUGCUGUCUUCGAGGCACAGUGUAUACAUUUUCAUGCGUCACUGUAUCUAUGUAGCCACUGGAUAACUGUGAUGGACAAUCUUGGAGAGAAGCCCUACUGUAGCUCCUCUAAUCAUGCUUUUCCUGGCCUUCUAAUCAACUCCCCUUUGACCCACUGGGAAUCUGGUGAGUGCAGCUUUCGAUGACUGUACUGACCUCUUGUUAGAUCUAAGAUCUGGGUUGCAGUUUACUGCAAGUCAUGAGGUCAAAUGCAGGGUGACCCAUUGCCAAGGGCAAGGAUGACUGCGCUUGCCUGCGUAUCUUAUCAUAGCUGCUUUUAACCUUGAACUAUAGAGGGGAGAAACACUUGCAUACAGUACAAGUAUCUGUACAGGGUGAGGAAGUCCUUGUUUGCCAUUGUGAUGGCUGUUAACCUUCAGAGAGGCGGAGAGAGACUCAGGAGGCAGAUAACAAAAACAGAGACAGCAUUCAGUGUUUGAGCACCGUCUAGCAUAUUGUAAGCCAGUGUGUUCAAUAGGAUUAUCGUCUAAUGGCCUUAGCUUAUACAUAAAUGCAACUCCUGUCAACCUGGGGUACAGUAAAUUUACUCAACACAGCUGAUUUGUCACAACCACUCAAAAUAAAAAUGUAUUACUUAUUUUUGCACUUGUGUGUAUCACAGCUACAAUGAGAAAUAUGAGUGUAAUACUUGGUUUCUUGGGUAAAAAUAGCGAUAAGGGACAAAACUGUUGUAUGUACAUUUUGGUGUGAGGUAUCUGUGUACUAUAUAUGUAAGCAUCUUUAUUUUUCUUGUGAAAAUGUGGAUAUUUAUGAAAAUGUAGAUAUCAGAUCGAUGGAGCCAGUGUUGCCAGUGUUGUGGAAGUAAAGAGGAAGGUUUGCUAAGCCUAAAGUUCAAAUGUCUCAGAGGGCAUUCAGAAUGUAAUUUUUAAUCUAAUGAAUACCUCGGUGGUUUGGGUGUUAUACUGAACUGACCGAACAGAGUUUACCUAAAGCCUAAGAGUCGAUUUGUAUUGGGGGAAAAAAUUAUAUUUGCUUGUAUAAUUUUUGUUCAUGUUAACAUUGCCUGCAUUUCCACAUAAUAAGCACACACUAUUUUUUGCACAAUUGGCUUCUCCUUCUCCUUGACAGACACCCUGCACAAUGCAAAAAAUACCUACAAUACUCAUAAUUUAUCAGGUAGACCGUAACCACACAAGCAACGUUGCGUUCUGUGUUGCACCUGAGUCAGCUCACUGUGUGUGCGUGCGUGCGUGCGUGUGUGUAAUUGUGUGUCAGUGGGUAUUUCCGUGUUGCUCGGGGGCUUUGGGACAUCUCUCACUGCCAUUGGGGCUGUAACCUGAGUAGCCACCCUUUGUCACCAUGGAAAACUGGCAAACUGAAGAUAUUAUUGUGCAUUUCGAAGACACACUCACUCGCGCACACAUACCGUACAUAUACAUACGCAGAAUGCAGAGAAACAUUCGCCCACACACAAACACCCCUCAGUCACUCUCAUUAUGCUCACUCCCACAGCCAAACUGUGCAGAAGACACCUCAUACCUGACAACUCUGCCAUCUCCUGACAUAAGCCCAUACAAAAAUGUGCUCGCAUAGCUGCACACAAACGUACACACACAAAGACAGUUCUUCUUUCUCCUCUUCUUGCUCAGUGGCUCUGUCAGGACAUAUACCGUGUCCUGUUACUGUGGAAGGAGCCACAGCAUGAUGUGUUCCUUGCUCCACUGCUUUCUAUUCCCCUAAUAGUCCAACCUGUUCCCAAAUAAAUGACCAUGUAGAGCAGAGACGACUUCAUAUUCAGGGACACACACCUUUCACUCAGUGUCAGAGAAACAGACUUUUUAAGAAACUGUUUGACCGUUCCGCCUUUUGUUCUACACAGGAAAUAUAGCUUUCAUAAAAAUGCCACUGCGCUGACCUCCUCCCCCUCCCAGAUCCCUUCAAAUGCUUUUAGAGAGUCGCAAUUUCCUACUCGUCUCCAAAAUGUUGUUUUCGACUUCUCUCACUUCAGCCAUCUCCACCACCGCGACCGCCUCCACAGACACGCACACACACCGUUGCCACCCACCACGGCACCCAAGUAAGGCUUGUCAGACAAAAUGCUUUUAGAAAAAUCCACGAUCCUGACCUCGGGUCUAGCACAAGGUUAGAUAGUCAAAAUAUCCAAUACUUUUAUUUUCUAGAAAGCCACAUACUGUUGCUAUUUCUUCGGCUCCAAACAUCUGAUGACUAAUCAAAGCCUUAACAUCUCCCAUCUCACUUGCAUAAAAGAAAAAAAGAGAAAACCUUCCUUUGUACAUAGUAUAAAUAUAUAAAUAUGUAGCAGAGAAAAAUAAUUACUAAUUUAUGGUGUCACGUUUGUGUAUUUCUCAGUGACAGCAAGCAUGAAGGAUUUAUUUUCUCCUAUUACAGUUUCUUCUCUUUUCUGUUAUUUUGCAGUGCUUUAUAAUUUAUGUUUUCUGAGUGCUUUAUUCUUGACUGCUGCGCUGUGAUUAUUGCCAAAACUGGCAAAUGUGCUUCUUCUAUACAAAUGAACUGUAUACACAACAAGACAGUCUUACCCCAAAAUGUGCUUUUUAUUAUUGACUGCUUUGUGUAAAAGUUGGUUUUUUUGUUGUUGUUUUUUUUUUUUUUUUUUAAAUUUCAAAUUUAUUUUGGUCUUUGAAAAAAAAACUGAAUUAGAAUUGUUGUCACCAUUUUGUCGUGUCUUUCUAUAUUUUUUCGGAUUUGGUUGCUAUUAAAGAUUCCUUGAUUUUUGAAAUGUU